AUGACGAGAAAGAGACGUGCUACGGAGAUGAACAACGCGGGAGAGGCGGAAGACAAUCACCAUGUUCCUGCUGCUGAGGAGAUGAAGCAUGCGGCUGAGGACUCGAGAGAUGAUUACGAUGACAGUAGCGUCAGCAGCCAGGAGAGCGGACCGAUAGAGCCACAGCCGGAGCCAUACCGCAAGAAAUUAAAGGAGGGCGAGCCUGGUACUCUUACUGGUCGUCCAUUGCGACUUUAUGCCGAUGGCAUCUUUGAUCUCUUUCACUUUGGACAUGCUAAAGCUUUGCAACAGUGCAAGGAAGCCUAUCCCAAUACUUACCUUCUGGUUGGUUGCUGUAGUGACGAGAUCACGCACAAACUCAAAGGUCGAACUGUCAUGACAGAUCAGGAGCGAUAUGAGUCUUUGCGUCACUGCAGGUGGGUGGAUGAAGUAGUGGAAGACGCUCCCUGGGUACUUUCAGACGAAUUUUUGGAAAAGCAUCAAAUUGACUACGUAUGCCAUGAUGCGCUACCGUACUCGGACACAUCAGGAGAGGCAAGCGAAGGCGAUGUCUACGCUCGGAUCAAAGCUAUGGGAAAGUUUCUUGAAACUCGACGAACAGAUGGCAUUUCGACAUCAGAAUUGAUCAUCCGUAUCAUUGCCGAGUAUGACACGUUCAUUCGUCGGAAUUUGCAGCGCGGAUACACGGGCAAAGAUAUGAACGUCCCAUUUAUCAAAGAAAAAACGAUUAAGUUUGAUAUGGCAGUAGAUAAAGUGCGCAAUGACGUCGAUGGCUUUGUGCAUAAAUGGAUGAGCAAGGCCGACGACAUGCAGCACAAUUUUCUUGAACUUUUCAGCAAGGAAGGCCGUCUGCGUACUUCAUUCCGUAAGCGCCGAAAAAUCAUCAAAGAGCGAUUAUCGGAGCGGAUGUCGGAGAUGGCGCGUGAAGGAUUGUGUUAA